AUCCGAGUGAAUGUGAAUGAAAACAACCAACAACAACUUUGUCAGGACGGGGGACCCCGAACACCACCAAUACAAGUUUCCAAACCCAAUGUCUCGAGGAUAAUUUCACCGAAAAUGAAUGAAUAGGAUGCGGCGGCGACUCCCACGAUGUCUCGAGUAGGGGGAGGGGCUAGAACGAAGCCCAGGACUUCGCAGGAUGUGUGUGCAGACUGUGGGGCGCCAGACGCUGGCUGGGCAUCUAUUAAUAGAGGCAUUUUAAUCUGUGAUGAAUGUUGUAGUGUCCAUAGAUCCCUUGGGAGACAUAUAUCUCAAAUCAAAUCCCUCAAGAAAGGAACAUGGAAUCCAAUACAGCUUUCAAUGGUGCAUACCCUCAGCAGCAGUGGGGCCAAUCAUAUAUGGGAACAUACGUUAUUAGAUCCAAGCGUGGCAAGAACUGGAAGACGCAAACCACAACCCAAAGAUCCAGUUCACCCAACCAAAGCUGAUUUCAUAAGGGCCAAGCACCAGAUGCUCUCCUUUGUUUACCGACCUCAGAGAGAGGACUCCAACGGGAGUGAUGUUGAUUUAUCUCGUCAGCUUCAUUCCAGUGUAAGAACUGCCAACUUAGAAACUUCGCUCAGAUUACUCUCCCAAGGAGCUGAUCCAAAUUUUUACCACAAGGAAAAGGGUUGUUAUCCCUUGCAUGUGGCAGCACGAGCUGGCCAGUCAUCCCAGGCCGAGUUGUUGAUAGUUUAUGGGGCUGACCCCGGUGCCCUUGAUGCCAAAAACAACACUCCUGCUCAUUAUGCAAGUGAAUCAAACCACUCCUGUCUCGCAGAACAUUUGCUGGAAAGUCAAUAUGAGUUGACAGAUAGAUUAGCGUUUUAUCUAUGUGGCCGUAAACCAGAUCACACGAUGGGGCAGCACUGGAUCAUUCCUGAAAUGGCUAACUCAUUGGACAUGUCUGAUUUAGCCAAAGAAGCAAGAUCCAAAUUACAGAAUUUAUCCAAUAACCUGUUUGAGGAGUUAGCAUGUGAUGUUUAUGAUGAGGUUGAUCGUCGGGAGACAGAUUCUACAUGGUUAUCUCUACAAAAUCAGAGUGCUUUGGUUAGUGAUAGGUGUACUGUACCCUUUCUUCCUGUUAAUCCAGAGUACUCGUCCACAAGGAACCAAGGAAGACAAAAGCUUGCCAGAUUUAAUGCCAGAGAAUUUGCCACUUUGAUAAUUGAUGUGUUAUCCGAUGCAAAACGUAGACAAACUGGGAUCUCCUCUCCAACGGGAACUCCAAAAGAAAAAGCAGUAACCCAAGCUGACCAGAGAGCUGAUGGGGCACAGGAGCCCAUCCAUUCCUCUCUCUCCUCCCCUCCUCAUCUGUCAGCCAAUCCUGAGGAAGACUCCCUGCCUUCUGCUUUAUCUGUUUCUUCUGAUGUUCCACUCUCUGACUUCGGUGACGUGACGUUGACAAUGCCUAAUUCUCCUAAAAUACCACCUGUGAAAGCACCCCAUUCUUCUACAAGCACCCCGGCUAACUCUUCACCCGUAAAUAGUAAUGAUAUUCAUCAUUUAAGACAUACACAGAUUUCUAUCACUUCCUCUAUUUCAUCUAGCACUGAUCCUAUGGUGACCACAACACAAACUCCUCCUCUUUCAUUAAUCAACAACAAUGCAAACAAUAACAAUAAGGGCGAACUGACGGAUGACGGGGAACCUUUGUACGACUCCGUGGCUUCAGAAGAUGAUUACACCUAUGUGGAGAUGCAUAAGAAGCUAGAGCAGCAAAAGGCUAUUUUAGCAGAGCAGACAAGACAGAAUCAGCUCCAUGAAUCUUUCUUUGAUCAGGACUCUCCUCAGAUGGAGGCGGAAAUCAGCCUCGAGACAUAUCUCCAAAUGAAAGAAAAGCUGGAAUCAAGUGAAGCUAAAAUACAGGAAUUACAGUGCAAUAAUGCUGAGAUGCGCCACAAGUUGAAUGAACUUAGCUCUACUGUAAAAAGCCUGCAGCAAGAAAACAUCAAUUUGCGGUCAAUGUACAACAGUGGAAGUAGUGGUUUGGGACCCCCAACACAUUCUACCCCACCACCACCCUUGUUGUCUUCCACCAUGUCACAGUCUCUGUAUAAUGGAGAUGUUGAUCCUCAGGUAAAUAUGCGUACAACUUGUACUAGUCGAGUCCCAUCCCAGAGACCUUUUAGUAUGUUUGAAGCUCGUCAAGGCCCCCCGAAUGCCCCUGGCCAAAGUCAUCAUAUGGAUCAAGCCCGAACUUCCUCCUACCAGAUGGCAACCGUUCGAAUGUCAGGGGAAUAUGAUAAUACUCAAAUGAGAAGCCCGAGCUUAGAACCAACAGAAACUACACCUCUAAAUCCACAUCAGUCAUUGCCUUCUCAGGAAGAGGUUGUAAGGAAAACUGAAGUAAUAACUAAGAGAAUUCAAGAGUUACUUAUAUCAGCACAAGAGGGACGUCAGGAUUCUUUUGUACCUUGUGCUGAACAAAUACACUCUGCGGUGCUAGAUAUGGAUGCUAUUUUUCCAAAGGAUCGGUGCUCUUCUGGGGUGCAGGGAGGACUGCGCCAGUUGGUAAGCAGUGCAACGAGAUUGCAAAAUGAAUGUCGAGGCCACCUGACUGCACAACCCAAUACCCUGGACCCAAAGUUUGUAACACAACAAGUAAUUCAGUGUGCUUAUGAUAUAGCAAAAGCUGCAAAGUUGCUGGUUACUCAUUUCCAAUAACUAUUUAAGGACUGUAUGUUAUGCUACUUCACAAAUGACUGUAGAUAUUUUUUUUUAUUUAAUUGCCAAGAUUUUUCAUAUAUAUUGUGCUCUUAAUCCUGUUGAUUAUGUGACUUAUUAUGAACUGUGGCUGAUGCCAUAUUCCAUGUACUUUAAAGUGAAAGGAGUAAUAAUGCUCUGUUAGUAUAUUAAAAGUCAAGAACUGAAAUGGAAAGUUGGUGAUGAAAUGUCAUCUCCAGCAUUGUCAAAAAAGAUGUGUUCUUGUGCCUUUCAGGUAAGCCUUUUCCAAGCUAUUCUAACCUAGUGUGCUUCUUGAAUAUCUUGUACAUAUGUGCAAAGUGUGCUUGCCUAGAAAAGUUAUUUUUUCUCUAUUGUUCCUUUAUAACGGUAGCAUUCAUUUUCAAGAGCCUGUAUAUGUUAAUGAGAUACCUUGCUCAGUUUAUUGUGCAUCUUGGGGUUUUGAAGGGGACAACUGUUAUUUUUUAUACAUGUAUACAUGCAGUGAAUAUAUUAUAUAUAUACAUUUAUAGAUAAGUAUGUCAUGGCAUAUAACGAACAGAACAUGCCCAUAGAUCUUGAGCCAGGAAAAGAAUUUAUCACGAUAUGAGAUUAAGAACAAAGUUGAAUCGCAAGUGACUAAAAAUUGCUGGCUUAAGUCAGCUAACAGAAGGAGACUCAAAGAAAGAAAAUGAUUAGAAUAAUCAAGUAAAGGUGAGUAAACUUCUAAGUAGACCCAGAUUUAGGACCAAGCAGUAUAGAUAAUAGAAAUAUUGAUGGACCCCGAGUUCAAGUAGUUCAGUUUCUUUACAGUAAAGAAAUACUAGGUUUAUAGAAUUCAAAGUCAUAUACGUAAAUAUGUAUGUAGAAAACCCUAUCAAACUGGUGUGCCCCCUUUUUUUUUCAUAUAGAUAAGCAACAUCACCAGGGAAAGCUAAAAUGUAUUUUUGUAAGAUAGAAGAAAUCAGAUCUUAAAGUAAGGCGUGCAAUUAUAAUGUCUAGGGACUUGGUGGAUGAAUUUAGGCAGCCAGGGAUUAUAAUUACUGUAAUUGCUGGUAUGUACAAGGAAAAAAAAUUGUGGUACAUUUUGUAAGGUGAAUGUCAAAUGUGCCAGAUCAACAUAUGAGCACAUGCUAUGAGCAACUGGUUCCAGUGAAUAAAUAAUCCCACCCUCGGAUGUAAACACCAAUUACCAUGGUCUCCUUUAUCAUUGACUUAACAGAGAAGAGCCAUGUAGUAAAAUAUAUUUUCAAGUAAAAAUAUAUUACUUUUAAAGUCGGAACAUUCUGUUUCUCAUACACAUAAUAUAAAAAAUUAAGUAAAAAUAAAUACAAUAAGUUUUGCCGCAAGAAAAAUGUCUUAAUGUUUGGUUGUUGUUAACUACUGUACUUUACAGAUGUUGGUAACUAGUCAUCAUUUCUUUAUAUAUACAUCCAAGCAACUAACUUCAUCAGUUUUAAACUGAUCAUUGAGCAUCAGUCAUGACAGUUUUACACAUUGUUGCAUUACAUUAUUAUAUUGUUUGUGCUUCAUACAAAUGUCUGAUUACAAGAGUUUUAUGUAAUCACUCACUAUGCGUUGAUCUGAUCAUUUUGUCUCUUCUAAGCAUUGAAUUUUGUAAGAUUAUGUUGAAUUUCCCUCUUUCACCUCUGCAUUCCAUAACAUACUCCCAUCACUGGUGAGUGUUUGUUGUCUCCAGUUUAUAUUUUAAUUUUUAUUCUAUUAGCAUUGAAAAAUAUCUGUGGUCUAUUUAAAAUUAUACCAUCUGUAAUAUAGAAGGAGAUAGAGAUUGCAAAUUAAUAGAUGUUUUGUUUGGUAUGCAGUCACAAGUCACUCCCACUCCCAAAUCUAAUUAAGUGUAUUUUGUGUUUUGCACAUUGUAACAAUAGACAAACUUUUCAUCUAGCAUACCACUUAAAUAAUAUCUCUAGUAGACUUAAAAGUACACUAUCAGCAGCAUAGUUGUUUGUGAGGUACAGAGGAAUUAAAUACCUUUUAGCCUAGUCAGACAGACAUAAGUUUGUACAGCACACAAUUAUGUAAAUUUCAAGUUAUUAAGAUGCAUUUUGGUGUUGCGAUGAUUUUUUGGAGGUUAUGCCAUACAGCAUAAUGGUGUAAAAUAUCUCUGGUAGGCUUAAAAUUACAUUUUCAGUAAUACUGUUGUUUUAGUAAAGAAAUACAGGUGCUGUAAUGCCAGUAGAUAAGAAAAUUCAUGGUAAAUGGUGUGAACUAUGAAAAUUGAGAAGAACGGGGGGUAUUUUUAUUUUUUCAGAAUAUUCUUACCAAAAUUGGGGGUAUCUUAUAUGCCAGCAAAUACAGUAUGUUAAGUGGGUCACAUUGUUUAUUAAUAUUGAAUAUAAUUUUAAGUAUGCAAUAAUUUUGGAAAACCAAUAAGCAACAUUGCUAGUUGAUAAUUAACAGUUAUAUGUACAAAUCAUCACUAAGAACACAAACUGGUUUCUGAAUCCAAAACUUAUGCUUAUAUCCUUGAACAUCAUAGGCAAAACACAAUAGAUUGUAGACUUACAAAGGUUCAUACUGUGCUGUAUAGUAUACUGAUUUGUGGGAGUAUCAUAUAAUGAAAUACGUAGGUCAGUUUGCUUCACUGAACUCUAAUAAUUUUCAGAGCAAAUAUAACUAUUAUAUGUUCAGCCAUUAAAAUGAUUAAAAACAUGCCUUCAGAGAAAGAUAUAAUUUUCUGUGACAGAGUGUUGUAGCAGCCCCUUGAAAUGAUUUAUUGUCUUAAAAUUACCGUAUGUCCAACAGAUUUAAGUUUGUUUCUACAUUUUAUAUGAAGCCUUUUCAGAUGUUGCAGUAUGUUAUUACAUCCCAACUGUAUGAGGAAGUAAAAAAACUGAAAGUUGCUGAUCACUUGGUCUCAAAAUGUUGAACAAUUGUGGUGAAAUGUUUUAUUUGAAUGUCAGAUUUUCAGUCUAUAGUACAACAAAUACAUUAUCAAGUUUUUGAACAAGUUUCUUGAAUUUUGUCAAUCUUCAACAUUUCUAGUUUAUCUGGUCAAAGUUGUAGUUUACUGAGUUGAGUACCAGCUAAUAUAUGUGUCAAGAACAAACCCUUCAGGCCAACCCCACAAGAGCUAAGAAUGUUUUUCUGUGGUUCAGGUAAACUAUUUUGAAUAAAUAUCAAGAGGUCACAUUCAUCUGCGAUGAAAAAAUUUUGUUUAUACUUUGUACUCUUUGCUAUGCCUUCUGACCUCUUUACCUUCUCAAUUUCUUUAAUUUUCAAUUAAACCAAAUUUUAAAAUUUCUAGAAAGAUGUAAUCUAAUUACAUUUUAAUAUUUCAUCAAGACAAAUUCUUUGGUCCUGCCAGAGUUGAAUAAAUUAGUUCAGGGAUCUGAUUAAACUACUUAUUUUUAAGUUUCAAAAUACAGUAGUUUUUAAAUGCAUUAGCAAAUGUAUCAAAUCAGAACACAAAUUAUUUGAAGAAACUACAACCAUUUCAGUUGAGAUUUGAAACAACACAUUUGAUUAAUGUGAGGCAAGCAUGGGAUUGUUGUUUACAGCAACUCAACAUGUGUAAGUUCUGAUCAAGUAUAUCCAAAGUAAGGAAGGUAGUUUAGAAGUAAGAGGUCUUUGUGGCUUGAGACUAAAAAUAUUUAAUAGACUGAGAACUUAAACUGUUUUCUUCUUACCGUAAUAUCAGCUACAUACUAGAGUUUUAAUGAAAUAGACUAAUUUAGUGUUUUUUCCUUUGAUACUCUAGUAAUUUUGCUCUAUACAUUUUCUUUUUAUUCUUGGGUAUCUCACAUUUCAAUCUGUUUUAUGAAAUGUUUAAUAAUUAUUUUAAUCUGCUUUCAGCUACAAGUUCAUAACUGUGUACCCAAGUACAGUAUAUGUAAUUGUUUUACUUGGCAGUUUGACGUGAUAAUGCUAUAGAUAAAAUUUUAUUCAGUUUUAUGUAUAAACAUGUAAAUAGUGUGCUCUAUGUUGUUUAUUGUUAGUAUCUGUAGGCUUGAUUUUCCAGGUAUUUACAUUCUUAUUUAUUCUGAUUUCUCAAAUGGUAGUUUUCCAUCUUUAAAAGAGCAUUAUUUUCAGUUCACUCAAGUCAUUUAGUCAGCUCAAGGGGCUAAUGCCUUGAAAGCAUCCCUGGCAUCUGUGGACAGCAGGUAAAAGUUUUUGAAGUUCACUUUUAUUUUCUAAGUAUAUGAAGUGUGACUCAUAUUUGGAGGGUAGCUUUCUUCAUGGAAUACCUUCCACACCUGAUUGCUCCCAUCUUGUCACUUCGAUCUUUGACUUUGGAUGAAUGUCAAGGAUAUAUUAUUAUAUAAAUAAUAUAGGAACUUAAUUCUUUAGUUUACAGAUUUUAGCCCACCUAGUGAACACCAUUGUCUUGUGAAAACACUUGUUUAUUUAGAAUGUUUGAUGUUCACUUCCUUGACACUUUCUAUGGUGGUUCAACCAUGUCAAAGUAUUUACACAUUCACAUGGAAUGAGCACUUGGUAUCUUAUGUUUUUUCCACAUUUUUAGAAUAAAUAGUGUAUGUAAUCAGAUAUGUAAUGAUCUUUAUUAUGUAAAAAGUGUUUAUCUCAUAUCAUUGCUUGAGCAGAAGUCUUGAUAUUGAUUGUGGGGAAAUAUGAGAAAUGUAUAUUAUUUUCGGUAUGUGUAUAACAAGAACCAAAAACUGAAAGCAUCCUUAAAACUAAAGUAGUAACUUUUCAACUUGAGAAUGUAGACUAUACAAUUAUAAACUGAAUUUAAAAAAUUAAAUGAAAACUGAAAUAUGAAAAAAUAGUGAAUGGAAAGCAGUUUGGUAUCAGGUUAUACACAUGAAAUACCAGAGUUGAGUUUUUUUCCAUAUUCAGGCUCUUGAAAUUAUAGCUCCUAUAGAUUUUGUUAAUAACAUUAUUUUUUUCUUUUUAUAAAGCAGAAGUUUGCAAUAAUAAAGUCUUAUCUCUAUUUUAAUUGUGGGAGUUUGCACUCCUCUUUUCAGUCUUCCAUAAUAGAGAUUAUGUUGAGAGUACUAAACAUUGUUAUGAUAUAUAUAACUUGACCAGCUUUAAUUGAUUUCAAAGUCUAAAUUGGUUAAGGGUUUAAAGAAACUUUCAUUUAAAUAGUACUAAUAGAGGAUAACAUAUAAGAUUUUAAAAUUUUGAUGUCUGUUGUAUAUGAUAGGUUAUAAUUGCAGAGAUUGUAUAAAACAUUAAUUUUCCUGCAUUUUGGUGUGUUUACAUUAAUGUUAAAUGAGACAUAUGCAUUUAUUAGGACAUUAUGUAAUGUUGAACUAUAUAGAUUUUUAAUUUACAUAAUUGUAAACCAAUGUACAUGUAAAUAUUGUAUGACUGAUUAAACUUGUUUAUUAGCUGAAGCUGACAACACAGUUUCUGUUAUUUAAGUGUACAAAUUAUAAUUUAAAAAUAUAAGCCACUUGUUGUA